UGUAGGCCGGCUGCAGACACUAGCAGAGUCACCCAGGGUCGGUCUGGAGCUGGGGGCGAUCGAGUUUUAACUAGCUCCUAGGCCUUAUGCAAAGUGGCGGACUGGAAGAGCCACUGAGAACCUACUCCAUCCUUCUCACCAACUUGCUGUGUGACCUUGGGCCACUCAUCGGGCUUCUCUGGGCCCCUUUUUUUUUUUCCUGGAAAAUAAUGGGGCUUCCAGAAUUUUUCUGAAUUAUUUUUGCAGAAUUCUAAAGCAUUUAAGGGCCACACACACUGCACGGUGUAUGGAGGAGAUAGGUUUAAGGCUCAGAAGGGCUUAUUACAAACAGGGAUUGGUAUUGGGCCCGAAAUGUGGCUUCUCCAAGCCAGGCCUCCCUGAUGUUCAGAGACAGGUGGAAAAGACGAGCCUUCCUUGGCCUCAUUAGACAGAGCCUGCCUCCUUCAUUCAGUGGGGACCUAACUGAAAAGUGGGAGUGGGUGAAUUAAGGGGUCCCUUAUAGUCAGAGGUGGGUGGAGAAACCAGACAGCAUGAGAGCUUCCAGAGAGACUGGUUCCCCACCUGAACCCCCUCUGAGAGGGCCUGAGGCAGACCUCAUGUGAGGUCAGCACUCAUUUAGCUGAUUAAUUUUGAUGUUUAGUUUCAGGGGGGACCUGUGGUGUAAUGUGAGAUCCUAAUCACUGCCUGUAAUUACAGAGCAGAGCAAGCCACUAAUGAUGGAGCAGGAUAAAUCAAACCACCCUGUUUAAAAGGGUCUCCAAGUCUGAAAUAUUAUAAAAUAAAACGAUUACCAAAGUCCUGCUAUCUGGAGGGUCUCUUGAGAAUGGGGGUUGGAGCCCUUCAAAAAUCAAGUUUCCAAAAAUGUUUUCUUGUCAUUGGGUUAAAAUUGGAAAUUGCCUCAAAAUCUGAAAAGAGGAAAGAAACAUCUUCAAAUAGUUUAGUUCUCACUGUGAUGAGUGAAGAUGUCUUUUCAUCCAAGUCUCUUUAAAUACUGCCUGGUUCAACCUCAAUAGUCUGGAAAGAUCUGGGGGGUAGGGUGUUGAGGCGGUGCUGCCUUGUCCCCAUCUUACAGAUGGGCAGACUUUCAUUAGUGGGGCCAUUUGUGCCCACCCCUAAUAGGUUGGUAGAGCCAUAGGUCUCCCAGGAAGGGUCCGUUCUGGAGUCCCACCCUUCCUGUAAGUGAGCCCCAUCUGUCUCCAGGUGGGCCAGGUUGGGGGGAGAGGACAUCCCCAGCUCCUUUCCCUCACCCUCUGAACAUUCAGCCAUUUCCUCUCUCCCUCAGUUGUAUCCAUCUCUGAAUCCUUUAGAGUUUGCCCUGGGAGAGAGCAGAGAGAACUGGCUGGUGGACAUCCCCACACUCUGAUUGGCCCUUCUUAGCAUCUGGUCCUCAGGCUUGGGACCUUGCCAGAUAGGCAGUGUCAGUGCAGGGGCAGGGGGAUGACAUUCAUGGCUGCAGAUACCAGGGUUUCUUUUUUUCCACUUGACUUUGACUCCCCUCAGAACUGCCUAGGCAUGGUUUUCACAAGAGAGUAGCAGCUGCUGACAAGAGGGAGGGGUCCUUGGCAGUUUGUGGGAUCCCAUUUUCCCCUCACCUUUGUCCUUGGGCUGCCUUACCAGGUCUGGGCUGGCAGAACCUCAUGGCACCACCUCUGUGGCUGCAGGACAACAAAGAACCCUUCUAAAAAGAGAUAAGGAGCUGAUUAGAACCAACGGCACUGCUCCACCCCUCCACUCCUUGGUAGCAUGUAUGGGGUGGGCAGCACCUUCUGUCUAGGAUAGGGUCGGAGUCCUGGGGUCCUCUGGAAGCAGGCAGUUCCUGCAGUGUGCCCCAGGGUGGUGGGGGUGGUGAGAGGUAGAAGAUGCCUGAAGCGUGAUGUUUUGUUUAAGAUUUACUUUUUCUGUCUCCAGCAUCCCAGCCUUGCUCUUCACCUGCUCCAUAGAGAGGGAAGAUGAGUGAGUCAAGCUCAAAGUCCAGCCAGCCCUUGGCCUCCAAGCAGGAAAAGGAUGGUACUGAGAAGCGAGGCCGGGGCAGGCCGCGCAAGCAGCCUCCGAAGGAACCCAGUGAAGUGCCAACACCCAAGAGACCUCGGGGCCGACCAAAGGGGAGCAAAAACAAGGGCGCUGCCAAGACCCGGAAAACCACCACAGCUCCAGGGAGGAAACCCAGGGGCAGACCUAAGAAACUGGAGAAGGAGGAAGAGGAGGGCAUCUCGCAGGAGUCCUCUGAAGAGGAACAGUGACCGCCCGUGCCGCCUGCUCCCUCCCCAAGGAGCAGCAGCUUUCUUCUGGGACUGGACAGCUUCACUCCGCUCCCACCGCCCUCCCCUUCCCCCAGGCCCACUGACACCUCUGGCCCGCCACCCCUGCGCCCUCCCCACCGCACACUACACAGCACACCAGCCGCUGCAGGGCCCCUGUGGUCCCAUGGGAAGCAAUUUUCCUCUAGCCUCAGUCCCCAGCGACCCUUCCUACCCUGCCCCCACGCGCACACACUUGCCCUCCUGGACAAGGCUAACUUCCCACUUAGCCGCACCCUGCGCCUGCUAGUCCUUACCCACUUGGUGGGGACAUUGCUAUCUGGGCUCUUGGUUUGAGGGCCCUUUCUCUGCUCCACUGUUCUUCUGGCUUCCCAUAGAGGGGCCUGGGAGGGCUCCCCUGGCCUUAAGGGGUCCAAACCCCAUCUCAUUCUGACAUGCCCCCCUGCUGGACCUGCACUAGUAGGUGUAGCCAAUGGGGAAGGGGUGCUGAGCCCCCAGGGAGCCCCCAGCCAAACUUAUCAGGUGGAACUCCCCACUCUCUUCCCCACCUGAGCCCUGCACUAGGUUGGACAGCCCCUCUGGGGUAUGGGAAAGGGGGCAGGAGUUGGAGCCCCUGUCCCCUAUCACAGGCCCUACCACCUUGUUCUCCCCCUGGGAUCUGAGUAUAUAGUGCAGGGGUGGAGAUAGGUCAUCUACUGCCCAGGUUCCCUGUGGCAGCCACCCAAGGCACGCCAGGGGCUACUUGCCCAUCCUCUGCUUCCACUCUCAGCUGUUGACCUUCCUAUGAGGGGGCGCUAUCAACAAGGAGCCUGCCCUGCCCACGCUGCCUCCCCCUCCUUCCCAACCCCCAUGGUUCUGGUUCCAUCUUUUCCUCUGUUCACAAACUACCUCUGGACAGUUGUGUUGGUUUUUGUUCAAUGUUUCAUUCUUAGACAUCAGUCACCUGCUGCUACCAGCGCCAGACGCUCAUCCCCAUGCCCUCUCCUCUGUUCCGACCAUAUUCCCCUCCCCAAGGUGUUCCUCAGGGGGAAGGGGCACUGGGGUGCAGCAGGCUGGGUUACCUACUACCGCAGUCCCAGGGAAGGUGGGGUCCUGCCCCUAGGAUGCUGCAGCAGAGUGAGGAGGGGGGGGGUCUGUGUUGACCGUGAAGGGUGUAGGGGCCACCUUCUCCCCUUGUUCUGUUGGGGAGAGGUUGGCCAUUAUUUGUCCCAGCCUGGGGCUCCCCUCUGGUUUCCUAUUUGCAGUUACUUGAAUAAAAAAAUAUCCUUUUCUGGA